CUCAAAUCUAUCACUAGAUCUUCUCACAAAUUUCUUACAACAAAAACAAAAACAAAUUAUUUUUUCCCAAAUUCAAUUCUCAGAUUACUGCACUUCUCAGAUUUUCCAUUUGCACUAGAUGGAGGAAAACAAUACUACCGGCAUGGGUUAUUUGGAUCCGAAACUAUUCAUACUCAAUGAACUAGCUCAAGCGAAGGAGCUGCUGAAACUGUUGGAAACUGAUCUUCAUACUGCUACUUCCACUGAUGGAAGCAAGUUGUUAAUACCUCUAAUAUUAUCAUACUUUGAGAAGUCUCUCUCCUUGUUAAAUGGAAGCAAGUCAGAAGCCGGCAACAAUCAAUCUCAAAUUACGGCAUCGGAGACAGAUAGCACUCCUACCGAUUCACCUCGUUCUGUUAACAGAAGUCCUCGGAGCGAUUCCGAAUCCGAUCUAAUGGAACCUCCCUCCAAGAAGAGGAAAACAGUGGCGAGAUGGACAGAACAAGUACGUGUUUGCGAACAGACAGGACUUGAAGGACCUCUAGAUGACGGGUAUAGUUGGAGGAAAUAUGGACAGAAAGACAUUCUCGGAGCCGCAUAUCCCAGAGGCUAUUAUAGAUGUACACAUAGAGCUGCUCAAGGGUGUUUAGCAAUGAAACAAGUUCAACGUUCCGACGAAGAUUCAUCGAUCUUUAAUGUUACCUAUUGUGUUAGACAUACUUGUGUUCAAGCACCACAUUUACUACCAGGGCAAUCACAAAACAAAGCUGGUCUAGAACAUCAAAAGCCAACAAAAUCAUCACAAGAAACAAUUAUCAAUUUUCAAACAGGUUGUCAUGGUGAAACGCCGGAUUCCGGCACGACAAAAGUAGUACAAAGAUCACCUUCAUUUUCAUUUCCUUCGGUUCCGGUGCCUAGAUCGCCUUCAUUCUCAUUUCCUGCGGCUUCAAUACCAAUUCCAUGUGAUGAACAAAAAGAAAAUAACAACAACAUUUUUUAUUCAAUGACACCUGAUAAUCACUUCGUGGCUAGUCCUUUUUCGUCUCCGUCAACUUCAGGAUCCAAUUCCGUUUGUUCUAAUUAUGGACUAGUGAACAACUUAGAAGAUGGACAGGAUUUACAAACUUCGGAUUUCGAUCUUUCUGAAUUCACUUCAGCAUUUGAUUCUCCGGAUCUUUACAUGGAUUUUGAUUUUCUUGAUUCUAAUUUUCGGUUUGAUAUGUAGUACCUUUGUUCCUC